CCGCCCCCAGCUUGCUGUCGGGUUGCUCGGUGCUGCGGGUGGAGCAUGGAGACCACCGCCGGGUGGUGGAUCCUGUGUCCGCUGCUAUUCCUGCUGCAAGUGACCCUGAGCUGGGCUGCCUGUCCCUGCCCAGACCCAGUACUCUGUGAGCCCAUCACUCGCAGCCAGGACUUCGAGGUCUACGUGUUUCAUGUUCGGGGGCAGUCCUGGAAGCGAUAUGAUUGGUCGAAAGUCACCACGGUCGCUCUGUUCGCAGAGUACGAUCCGGAACUCAUGUGCUUCGCGCACUCCAAGGGAGCGAGACUCGUCCUCACGGGAGACGUCCCGAUUAACGAUAUUGUCGAUCCGCGGAACCGGACGGCCUGGGUGAGAGAGAAGGUGAACCUGGCGAAGAGACAGUUCAUGGAUGGUAUUAAUUUAGACAUAGAGCGGGCUGUCCUUAAAGGCUCGCCCCAAUAUUAUGCCUUAACUGCUCUGGUGCAGGAAACCACCGAGACCUUCCACCGAGAGAUUCCCGGCUCGCAGGUGACGUUCGACGUGGCCUGGUCUCCCGCCUGCGUGGAUUUACGCUGCUAUAACUACUCAGGGAUAGCGGAUCUCUGCGACUUCCUCUUUGUCAUGUCUUACGAUGAGCAGUCCCAGAUAUGGACGGAGUGCGUGGCCGGAGCCAACGCCCCCUAUAACCAGACCCUCAGAGGUUACGAUGAAUUUGUGGAUCUGGGUAUUGACCCCAAAAAGCUGGUGAUGGGUGUUCCGUGGUACGGGUACGAUUAUACCUGCCUCAACUUAUCAAAGGGUAACACGUGUACUAUACACAAGAAGCCUUUCCGUGGCGCCCCCUGCAGUGACGCUGCGGGGUAUCAGGUGGCGUACGGCGCGAUCAUGAAGCAGGUGAACGGAUCGAGCAGCGGGAGGCUGUGGGACGAGGCGCGGAAAUCUCCCUUCUAUAACUACAAGGGUGUAGAUGGGAACGUUCACCAAGUGUGGUACGACGAUCCGCAGAGCAUCGCGCUGAAGGUGGCGUAUGUGAGAAAGCGUGGCUUGCGUGGCGUCGGCAUGUGGAAUGGGGAUCUUCUAGAUUACUCCUCGGAUCCUGUUGCCCAGCAGCAGACGGCGGCCAUGUGGAAGGCGCUGAUUCCGUGACCGGGACUCUGAGAUGGACAUUUUUGGAAGAGAAAUGAUUUUAUUAAAAAUAUAUUAUUGUCAGGCGUGGCCCCCGUGGUGCUGCAAAUAAUAAUAAAUUAGUGGCACUGACUGCUUUUUUACUGACGUAACACGUAUAAAA